CUCGCUGCCGACUUUGAACGAUGUGCUCUGCACGGCCACGUGGACCUGACCGCAUCGCUUGUCAUGCCCACGUCGACGAUUGUGUUGGACUCGAAGGCGCUUCUCGUCCACCGUGCGACUGUCGAUGGUGCCGAUGUGGCGUUCUAUCAUGUCGAAGACGCUGUCUUUGGCACGGCCUUGCACGUGGCUCUUCCGGAGAACUUGGCACUUGGAGCGUCAUUCACGACUCGCAUCUACUACGAGACGACGCCCGACAGCUCUGCCGUACAGUGGUUGCCCAAGGAGCAAACGGCAGACAAAACCCACCCGUACUUGUUCACGCAAUGCCAAGCCAUCCACGCGCGAUCCCUUGUUCCUUGCCAGGAUUGCCCGCUGGCGAGCUCCACGUACAGUGCCGCGAUUACUGUGCCAUCUUGGGCAACUUGUUUGAUGAGUGCUGUGGCGACGGCGGACCCGUUGUCGAACGAUACCGCGGCCACCAAGACGUUUACGUACCACCAGGCUAUCGCCAUCCCGUCGUAUUUGAUUGCUAUCGUGAUUGGUGCUCUGGAGAGCCGUGAAAUCGGCCCGCGCAGCCGCGUCUGGUGCGAGCCCAGUUUGGUAGAUGCAGCUGCGUUCGAGUUUGCACAGACUGAAUCGUUCAUCCAGCACGCCGAAGCCAUCAUGAACCAGGAGUACGUGUGGGGGCGUUACGACCUCGUGUGCCUCCCGCCGUCGUUUCCGCUAGGUGGGAUGGAGAACCCGUGCUUGACAUUUGCGACGCCAACGCUGUUGGCCGGCGACCAGUCGCUCGCGGACGUGAUCGCGCACGAAAUUGCCCACAGCUGGACUGGCAACUUGAUCACGAACCACACAUGGGAAGACUUUUGGCUGAACGAGGGGUGGACGAUGUGGCUCCAGCGCAAAAUCAUGGCGCGCAUCCACUCGCCGCUGCACUUUGACUUUGAUGCGAGCAUCGGGUGGAACGAUCUCCAGGACUCGAUUGACAUGUACGGCGCCGACCACGAGUUCACCAAGCUCGUCCCGACAUUGGACGGAUGCGACCCGGAUGACGCGUUCUCGAGCGUGCCGUACGAGAAGGGCUUCAAUUUUCUGUACUUCUUGUCCAAGUUGGUCGGUGAUAGCGAGUUUGAAAAGUUUGCGCAAGCGUACGUCCAGCAUUUCAAGUACAAGACUGUGACAAGCGCCGACUUCAAGGCAUUCUUCAUCCAGCACUUCACCCCAACCAAGUCCGCGGAACUCGCGACCGUCGAUUGGGAGUUGUGGUACUAUGCGCCAGGCAUGCCUCUGCGGCCGGCCUUCGACACAACGAUCAGUGCUGCGUCGGCCAUGCUCGCGGAUAAAUGGCUCCACGCGACGAAGGAAGGCAUUGCGGCUGGCCAGCACAGCGCAUCGGAUGUGGCAGGAUGGACGUCGUCGCAGCUGGUCGCCAUGCUCGACACGCUCCUCGAAGCUUGUGCUGCUCGACAACAGUACUUGGACGUGGCGGUCCUGCACACGCUCGGGGACGUGUACGGUCUGCUGUCGACCCAGAACGCCGAGAUUCGCAUGCGGUUCCAUACGCUGUGCGUGCGAUCGGAAGCUGCAUUCAUCUUGCCCCACGUGGAAGCAUUUUUGAAAGAGCAAGGCCGGAUGAAGUAUGUCCGACCGUUGUUUCGAGACUUGAACAAGUCCAAGUGUGGUCAUGCCGCCGCUCGCCGCAUCUUUGCAGAAUGGAAAGGAUUUUACCACCCAAUCUGCCGCUCGAUGGUUGAAAAGGACCUGGCGUAAACACCUCUCGCCCUGAAGAACAUGCCGACAUAUCGCCAGGAAUAGAACUGGAUUCGUCAUCAACUCCACCAGACAAUUGCAGUGUCGUGGAGCUAUUGCCCCUGGCUGGCAUGCCUUUCAAGCAACUGCUCGCAAUACAAAUUGAGCUUGUCGACGUUCAUGUUCAAAUGUAAACGUCUGUAUUCCU